CGCCGCGGCCGCCCAGCCCGGAGCCGGCGGGAGGAGCCCCGCGCUCGCCAUGUCGGUCGCGCUCGGCAACAGGUUCCAAGGAGGGAAGGCGUUCGGCUUGCUCAAAGCCCGGCAGGAGAGGAGGCUGGCCGAGAUCAACCGGGAGUUUCUGUGUGACCAGAAGUACAGUGAUGAAGAGAACCUGGUGGAAAAGCUCGCGGCCUUCAAAGAGAAGUACAUGGAGUUUGACCUGAACAAUGAGGGCGAGAUUGACCUGAUGUCUUUAAAGAGGAUGAUGGAGAAGCUCGGGGUCCCCAAGACCCACCUGGAGAUGAAAAAGAUGAUCUCAGAGGUGACAGGUGGGGUCAGCGACACCAUCUCCUACCGUGACUUCGUGAACAUGAUGUUGGGGAAGCGGUCGGCUGUGCUCAAGCUAGUCAUGAUGUUUGAAGGAAAAGCCAACGAGAGCAGCCCCAAGCCAGUUGGUCCCCCUCCAGAGAGAGACAUUGCCAGCCUGCCCUGAGGACCCCCGUCUGGACCUGCCCCCAUUCCUCCCCCCUAAUCUUGCUGCCCUUCUUGACUCAUUGUGAUUUGUCUUCUUUGUUUUGUUUGGUCUUUGUGCGUUUGUUUAUUUUUUUUAAUCAGCAGAACCGGUGAUCACUUUGUAAAGCACAAAUUAUCUGCCUUCAAGGGGCUCUGGGUCGGGGAGUUCUGAGCCUUGGUACCCUCCCUCUGUUCUUCCCUCCUCCCCCCUUCCCUGUGCAGAAGGGCUGACAUCAAACCAAAAACUGGAGGGGGCAGGGCCAGGACAGGGAGCCUGGAAGGCUGUGGUCCUCAUGUUUGGAGCUGGCACAGUCCAUCUUUCCAGGGUCUUGGAGCUAAGUCCAGGCUUGCUGACCUGGCCCUGGUGAGGACCACAGCCCACUCUCGGAAGGCCCUGGAGUAGGUUUCCUCGGACAGCUCUGUGGUUCCGUGCUCUUAGGUUGUCUAGGGCGUGGCCACUCAGUGUCCCAUUUCCCCAGCUGAUUCCGCCUCAGUCCACACUUCUCAUCCUCAGGGAGGUGACAGAAGGAGAGAGGGAGAGAGCGGCUUGGCAAUCUGAGCCCUUCCAGAAGGUUCCAGAAGGAAUCCUCAGGCCUUGCCUGCAGCCACACCUUUAUGGGCAGCUCAGAGGGAAAGUGCAGCCCCCUUGCCCUUUGCUGGGGCAGCAAAGGGGGUAGAAGGGAGGCGAGGGGCCUUGGGAGGCGUGUCAGUUCAGUCUGGUGGCACCUUUCGGGGAGGAUGCUGAGGGCAGCAGGAUAGGAAAAGGAGGAAUAGAGUACUUAUGGCAAAAAGUCAGCCCCACUAAAUUAGCCAAGAGCUGAGAAACAGAAGGUUGCCUUUCUGAUCCCAAUCUGCUUGAAACCUGACUGUGCCCCCCCUAUUUGCCUUACCACCUUACAUCAUUCAUUCAUUCAUUCCCCCAUGUAGUCAUUCAACAGAUAUUUAUUGACCACGUAUUAUAAGCUUUAAGCCUCCCCACUUUGUCCCGACAUGUGCCUGUCCUCUCACCCCUUUCUCCAUCCCAAAACUUUGAGCUUGGGGAUUGGAUUGGGGUCCCUUGUGAUGGACUCCCAGUGUUUUAGGACCCUGAUCUGCUCUGUAGGUUAGCUGGACCGGACCUCUCGUUUCACAGGCGAGAAAACUGUGGUGUUCACAGGGAUUAAGUGCCUUGCCAAGGGGUUAAUCAGGAGAUGGAAGUUUGGACUGGAACCCAGGUGUUCAGAUGCCAUGCCCAUGCCUCGUCUCUGCCCUGGGCUGUCUCAGUCAGUGAUGCCAACAAGAGAAGGUGCAGGGAGGGGAAAUCUCCUAGGUCAACGAUUGAGGAAGGCCCUGGGCCAAGACUCACCUUUCCCAGUGCCUCCAGGUCAGCAACAGGGUUUGGGUAAGGGCCAGGGUGCUCUCCAAUUCUGCCUUCCCUAGAGCUUCUCUGCCAAGCCAUUUCUCAGAACUCCUACGGGAAGGUGUCAACACUCAGCCCCAUCUUGGCUGAGCAGGGACCCCAGCCCUGACCCCAUCUGUUCCGGAGUCCCUUAUACCGCCCACUCAGGACUUAGAUGCACUCAUCCAUUGAACAUAUUUAUUAAACACCUGCUAUGGGCCAAGAGCCAAGGACCCAGAAGUGAACUGGACAGACUCAUAGAAUUUAGAGUCCUGUGGGGAAGUCAGACCCAGGCAACGACGAGUGAGGUGAAUGUUAAGAAAGAGGGGACUGUGGGGUGAUUGCACUGCAAUCCUGGGCCCGAGACUGAGCCAAGAGUCUUGGAGAAGUCUUCACCAAUCGUUAAGUGGAAACGUCUGGGUGCUGUUGGAGGGGGGAGCCAGUGUGGGCUCCCUGCAGCUCCUUAGUGACCCAUAAUCAAGGGCCCAGGGAGCUGCCCUUAGUGCAGCUUGGGGGAGUGGAGCAGGUGGAGGAUGGGGAAAUGCCCGGUUGGGUUAAUCUACUAGUCUCAACCAGUUCAGGAGCAAGAUUAUUUGGCCAUGACUGGCUGAUCCUCAGCCUAAGGAGCUGCUUCAAAUGCACAAGCCUAGUUGAAGUUUAAACCCCAGCAAAACAGUUCUCCCUGCAAAUGUAAAAUCUUACUCCGUCACCUCCUCUGCCUUUCCCACCCCCCACCCCCCACUCUGGAGAUCAUUAGAUGAACAGCUGCCUGUCCCCACCCCUUCCCACUGUCCUCUCUUUGGGACAGGCUGAGACCUUUGAGCAAGGUAAUACCUUCCUUAACUACCCAUUAUAGUCAGUGUAACUGUUCCUAACUAAAGAGAGGAGAGCAGAAGCAAUCAGGCUUACUUGAGUAGGUCCCACAGUUUAUAAGACUGUAGAAAGCCUCCUUUAAGGGAGGGGAGCAAGGAGGCGUGUCCCCAGCUUCUGGAAAGGGCAGGAAAGAAAGUUCUCUCGUUGGAUGGAGAGCAUCCUGGGAAACGCCACCAGUUCCUCCACCAUUUCCUAGAGGGAGAGGGGCUCAAAAGUGGUCCCGGAAAAGGGGGGGUGUGCAUGUAUUUCAGAUCGUGGCUAUUGGCUCUAGGACUUACUUUUCUGGCUAAGGGCUCAGCUUCUGAGAACUUCAGCUGUCUUUUUUCUGAAAGACCAAAUCUAACUAAUGCAACCAGCAACUUGGGGACUGAAGUAUGGCUUUGUCCCUGUGACUCAAAAGGAAGGAGUUUGCUAGGCAAGUUCAGGUGGAUGAAGUGUGUGUGUGUGUGUGUGUGUGUGUGUGUACGCAUAUAAGCGUGUGUGGUACUGGCUAUCAUCUCCACGGACUAGAAAUAAAACAGACAAACUUA